GCAGAAUCGUAACAAAAAGCCAAUCGAAUGUUUCGGUUCUUUCAUUCAAUUCACUGCAACACAGCGGCAGCAGAACUUUGAGAAAUGGAGAUGAGUAUGUCAGCCAUGUUGUAUUCCGGCCUCGUUCUGGUUCUGGUAUCGUCUGCAUUUAGUGUCCCCAUAGAUGUGGCUCGAGACACCGAGAGUGAUCAACAUCUUGAAGACAAACGACCAAAAUAUAUGGAUACAAGAGACCUUGACACAUUCCAGAAACUUGUUUACCUGGCACUGAAAGGGUUGGUCGAGGAAGGAAAAUUGAACCCCGAUAUGAUGGCGACGUCUAGUGAGAGUUAUUUUGACAACCAGGCCGAGGAAGAAAGUAAAAAUAAAAUCUCACCCGAAAAGCGUGGUCAUCUCCGGAUCUGUGUCCGCCGUUCAGGGUCUAGAUUCUUCCCCUAUCCCUGUUUCAGAGGUUAAGCAGUAAGAGAAAUCCCACCAAUCAGAACAUAUCACAUCUCCUGAGGCCAGAAUGACCUUGACCUAUUAGGUCAGAAUGACCUUGACCUAUUAUGUUUCUUUAUUUAUUGGAUACGUGCUUACUUUUCCAACAUAAGACUAUAACAUAGUGCUAACACGUAUAUUUUUCUUUUUAAACAUAAAAGAAAAGUUUUUUGUUUAUAUUCAUGUUGUAUUAAUUGUAAUAUGUUAAAAUACAAUGACAUCUUAUAUCUGUUUGGUGAAAUAAUCUGCCUGUUUAUUGUCUUAGACUUUAUAGUAUCAGAUGGAGAGACUUGUCAGAAUUACAUCGCUAUACUUCAUCAU